ACCCAAGAGGGUCCCACUGUGGCCACUUGUAGGAGAAAGUUGCUGGAGUUGUUGUUUUUUUUUUCUUUCUUUCUUUCUUACUCUCAAACACUCUUACUGCGUGCACAUUUUACUUACUGUCAGCAUGUCAGGAUGGUUAUCACGAUAGAAAUAAGGAAGAUAUACAAGUAUCCGUUUGACCGCGUGGUAGACAUGCAUCUAAACAAGUAUCCAACACCUCUUGAGGAACACGUCAGAGGUAUUGAAACAGUGGAGGAAAAGAAAGAUCACAUAUCUGGGAUUGUUUAUAGGAAGAGGAUAGCAACCUGCAACAAUGUACUACCUGGCAUCCUACGAAAGGUGCACCUCAUGAACGUGGACAAUGUGUAUCUGGAGGAGGAAUCCUGGUUAGACUUGAAGAAAAGAACCAUGAACAUCAAGAGCCGCUGCCUUACCUGGACCCAGUACGCAACCCUACAGGAGGUAUCCGUUUUCAAAGAAAGCUCAGCAAACCCCAACUGGACCGAGUUCUUUCAGAAAGGAAGCGUCACUGUCACCGGGGUGGGGCGGCUCAACAGGCUCUUUGAAGUCUUUGCCCAGUCGUUUUUCAGCAGAGGAGUGAAGAAGAGCGUACACAUAAUGGAAACAAUCCUGGAGCAGAAAUUUGGCCGUCCCUGUUCCUGAAAAUAACCACAUUGGGUACAGUGGCUGUUCCCCGAAGAGAAAAUCUUCAGAAGCAUCACUUAUUUUCAUUUUAAAUAGUGCCAUGCAAUAAUUAUCCUAAGCAUUUCUGCACCUGGAUUUGAUGACACCGGGUUUCUCACAUGUGUGGCGGAGGGGUGUGACAGCUCAGACGUUAAAAAAUGAAAGAGGCUGGAGAAAAGCUUUAAGAGAAGUUUUCUACAAAAUAUCUGCAUAUCUUUGGUAUUUUCUAAUGAGUACUUUGUGCUAGAUAUUAACAGCAAUCCCUUAUUAUGAAUGUAUUUCUUGGUGAAUCAUAACAGUAUCACAGAGAAAUGAUUACAAAAAUUUCUGCCGGUUUACCAGGCAAAGGAAUAUGGAGAACAUUUUUAGUUUUUAUCCAAUUUUAAAUGAUUCAUUGGUACAAAUGCCAAAAAUAAAGACGUAAGUAAAAUUUAAACUAUAAAGCGUAUCAGGAUAUCGAACAAGCCACCUUAAUAUACAAAAGGAACCAGAUA